AAUUUUUAUGAUCUCUGCCUGCCAGUGUUGACUCAAGACAGUAACCCUGACGACUUGAAGUUCACAGAAUUUCUCAUCCUUUUCCUUUCCAUCUUUACUAAUUCUUUUGAAAUUCAUCACUAUUUUUUUAGAAAGGUUUCGCCAUCUCCACUUUCUGAUUCAACUAAAUGGAUAAAAUUAAAAUGAAGGUUACAGAGCCUUCCUCAUCAUCCUCAUCAAAGUUGCCAUUUCCAACUACUGAACAAGUAAUAAAGAUCCAUGAUGUGUUCUUGAGUUUCAGAGGAGAAGAUACGCGUGCUUGCUUCACUUCACAUCUCUGUACCGCUCUUCAAAAUGCCGGAAUUAAGGUUUUUAUUGACGAUAAUGACCUUCAAAAAGGAGAUCAUAUUUCACCAUCAUUACACCUAGCAAUCCAGCAGUCUCAGAUUUCUAUAGUUGUUUUCUCUAUAAAUUAUCCCGAUUCACGAUGGUGUCUCGAUGAAUUGGAAAACAUAAUGGAGUGUCACAGAAGCGACAGACAAGUGGUUGUGCCAGUGUUCUACCAUUUAGAUCCCUCUGAAGUGCGUAAUCAGAGAGGCGAGUUUGGAGAAGCUUUUCAACGUCUUUUGAACAAAAUGAAAAAGGAUGUAAAUUUCGAUUUACUGUGUGAAAGGGAAUUGGGGUGGAGAGCGACGCUUCAUCUGGCGGCUAACAUUGCAGGGUUCGUAAUACUAAACUCCAGGAAUGAAAGUGAGGAUAUCAAAACUAUUGUCGACAAAAUUUCAUAUUUGUUGGACAAGACAGAUUUGUUUAUUACGCAUAAUCCCGUGGGAAUUGAAUCUCGAGUGCAAGAUGUGAUUCAACUUCUACCCAUCCAAUCAAAUGAUGUUCUACUACUAGGGAUGUGGGGCAUGGGGGGAAUUGGAAAAACAACCAUUGCAAAAGCCGUUUACAAUAAGAUUGGCCGCAAUUUUAAAGGUAGGAGCUUCCUUGCUAAUAUUAGGCAAAAUGGGAGGAAAAUUGAUGGACUAGUGGGUUUACAAAAGCAACUUCUAUUUGAUAUCUACAAAGAAUCGCCAAUCAAGACACAAUACAUUCAGUCGGGAAUAGCCAUAUUACAAAAUAAACCCAAUAAAAAGAAAGUACUUAUUGUACUUGAUGAUGUGAGUACGUUAGAGGAAAUGAAUACUUUUUGUGGAAGUCGUAAAUGGUUUGGUCAAGGGAGUAUAAUAAUCAUCACAACCAGAGAUAUGCAUUUACUUAAUGGGAGAGUUGACCAAAUAUACAACAUGACAAUAAUGAAUGAAAGUGAAUCAAUUGAGCUUUUUAGUUGGAAUGCGUUUAAGAAAGCGAGUCCUACAGAUGAUUUUAAUAGAAUUUCCAGAAAUGUAGUUGAAUAUUGCGAGGGAUUGCCGCUAGCUCUUGAAGUUCUUGGGUCUUUUUUGUAUCAUAAGACGGAAUCUGAGUGGGAACUUGUAUUGGAGAAACUCAAAAGAAUUCCUAAUAACCAAGUACAGAAGAAGUUAAGAAUAAGUUAUGAUGGUUUAAAUGAUGACGAUGAGCAAGAAAUAUUUCUUGACAUAGCUUGUUUCUUUAUUGGGAUGGAUCAAAACGAUGUUAUACUUGUAUUGAAAGACUGUGGACUUUCUGCUGAAAUUGGAAUAAGUGUCCUUGUUGAGCGAAGCCUUGUGAUUGUUGAUGAUAAGAACAUUCUUGGAAUGCAUGGUUUGGUGCGAGAUAUGGGAAGAGAAAUUGUUCGUGAGGAAUCACCAAAGAGGCCCGAGGAACGUAGCAGGUUGUGGUUUCCUAAGGAUGUGAUUGAUGUACUAUCCAGAGAAAAUGGAAAAUAUGGUGUUUUGGGACUGGCUUUGAAGCUUCCUAGAGCUAGAGGAAGAUGUUUUAGCACUACAGCUUUUGAGAAGAUGGAGAGACUCAGAUUCCUUCAACUUGAUGAGGUAACACUUAUUGGAGAUUUUGAAUAUGUUUCUAAAGAUCUUAGAUGGCUGUCAUGGAAUGGAUUAAGUCAAAUACCUUCAAACUUCCAUAAAGAAAAUUUAGUUUCCAUCGAACUUGAGAACAACAAAGUCAAACUUCUAUGGAAGAAGACCCUGAGGAUGGAGAAGCUAAAAAUUCUCAACCUUAGUCAUUCUCACUUUCUCACACGAAGCCCUGACUUUUCAAACAUGCCUAAUCUUGAAAAGCUAGUACUCAAAGAUUGUCCAUUGUUGUCUGAGAUUUCUCCUAGCGUUGGACAUCUCAAUAAAAUUCUUCUGAUAAAUUUGGAAGACUGUGUUAGCCUACGUAGCCUCCCAAAAAGCAUCUACAAGUCGAAAUCUCUGAAAACUCUCCUUCUUUCGGGUUGUUUAAAGAUUGACAAGUUGGAAGAAGAUAAAAUAGAAUUUUCAACCACUCUCCUUACAUAUUACACUGCAAUAAAAAGAGUACUCUUUUCAGUAGUAAGUUCAAAAAGCAUUGGAUAUAUUUCUAGGUGUUGCUAUGAGGGAUUUUCACUUGAUGCGUUUCCAUCUAUCAUUUGGCCUUGGAUGUUGAGAUAUGCACUGAUUUGUAUAUAAUUUUUGUAAUCAUUAGGAUUGAUUGUGUAUUGAUUCACAUACUCUCUUUUUUCCCCGCGUUUAUGUUUGAUGUAUGUGUAUCAGCUCAUACAUUUGAAAUCUUUAUGCUAUAUAUGUUGACAUAUUUAUUCA